UGCUUUUGAGUUCUCCAUAAGUUUUCUUUAAAGCCAUCACUGUUUUGCUUCCUCUCACCGCCCAUUCUCUGUUACCUUGGAGCUUAAUUUCUCUGUACAAAGAAACGCAAUAUACUGCAGUAUAACGCUCCGUUUCAUCAAUCUCUCACUAAUCCUCUCUAACAUAGUUUGCAUGUGAGCAUAAGCUGGUGACAAGCUUGAAACUUGAGUUUUUGCAGAAGGAUUCCGGUCUUUGAUGCUGUUGUAAUAAAGAUGAGUGUUUGUCAGACGUGUGGGGAUAAAGGUGACGUGAAGUGUCUUGUAUACUGUGCCAAGUGUCGGGUUUCCUGCCAGCAUAGCUAUUGUCUGAACAUUUUCCCAAUAAAAGAUGAUAAAAAUGCCAUUUCUACAUGUGAGGAAUGUUGUCAAAGAAACACUAAGCCUAGUCCUACUCCAAUUAGAAGCACACGCAUUAGUCAUGCUGUUGAAACGAGGUUGAAUAGGAUUAAGAUGCGAAAGCAGACUGUUUCCUCCAAAGUAAUUCCACAGACUUACAGAGACGUAGAUAGGUUGAGUAACAUAAAGCCUACUGGUGAUUGUUCUUGCCAGAAAGAGGAGAUGGAAUGGAUACCUUCCUUUUCUCAUAGCGCCAGAAAUGAAGAGCUCAAAAAACCAAAAAGGAGAUUGAAGCUUGAAGAUGGCAGUUCUGAUGAGGAGUCUGAACCUGUUAAAGGCAGUGAAGUUGAACAUUCUCAAUUAGAACCUGUUGUCAGUUUUUAUCCGCCGAACAUAUUGAACAAAAUAUCAUAUUCAGAUGCCAAAGAAUAUAUCCCUUCACAACCAAUUAAUGAUCCAAUUUGGAGGGGAUCCUUCCGGAUUAAACAUAACAAAAAUCCAACUUUUAUUGGAUUGACAGCCCAUUUAUCAAGUAAAGCUUGUACAAAGGUAGAGGAUGCAGCAAAAGCACUACCAAUGCAACUUAAUCUAGCAACUUUUCCUAGAUUGGAGGUUUGGCCCCUGAGAUUUCAGAUCUCACCACCCAGCGAUUGUGAUAUUGCUCUUUAUCUUUUUCCUGAGCAUGAAAGGGAUGAAAAGUUUUUUGAUGACCUGCUAGAUGACAUAAUCAUGCAUGACCAAGCUCUUAAGGCAGUAUUAAACAAUGUAGAGCUGUUGGUCUUCUCUUCUCGUGAGCUACCUCCAGAACAUUGGCGUAAGCUUUACAUAGUUGUUGCUGUUGGUGCAGGAAAUAUUAUUUAUGGUGUGUGUUUAAACCAACGAAAAGUACUUCCCCACACAAUAAUGCCAUAGUAUGCGAUGCCUCUUUACCUCACAAUUAAUGGUAGGAUUCAAAAUGGAAUGACCUUUGGCAACUGAAUUCGCAUUUUUGGCAUAAACAGAAAGUACACUUUUGCUUCCUACAAAAUGUCAAGCUUGACAAUCCAAGAGAGAUGAUAAUGAGAGGGAUGCAAGAAGCUGGCCUGAUUCAAUAUCUUACAUGAAUCCCUUGUGCUAAACUGUUAGAGGUCCCUUGAAGUGCUACAAGAGAUUACUACGGUCAAAGGAAUUUGGAGAUGUAAGAAGACAAAGUCCAAGCCAAUUCCAGCAGUUUGAGCAGUUGUAGGGAUUUUUUGCUGCUGCCAACAAAUAAACCAUGAUGUAAUUGCAGGAGGGUAAUAUUAUCCUCCAUUUGCUGUUUAUGGUUCCUUAUUUGUAGGGGAUGGUUAUCCUCUUCACUUUGUAUUUAAAGUGCAACAAUCAAUAAAAGUUUUAUCAGAAAAUUUUCCAAAAA